AUGGUCUUAGCUUCCAAGUUUUUUAUUUCUCUUUUUGUGAUUUCUCUUGUAUCGAAAAAUUCUGUUUCUGAUAAUGCCGAGGACCUCUCCCUGUUUCCUGGUCAUUUGGAGCCACUUGGAUCAAAACACAACAAAAGCUCGGUCAAAACACUUUCAGCCUUUCCUCAGCCACGCGACUUCUUCGAAAACUAUGUUACCGCUAAUGUGCCGGUGCUGUUUAAAUCUGUUGCGAAACUUUCCCCGGCUUUCGUUAAAUGGACCGACGAUUAUUUCUUGAGUAGCCCAGAAGCAGAAACAUUUAUGAUCGAUAUUGAAUAUGGGAAGAAGGAGAAUCGAACGGAAGGGGAUUUAAGACGUGCGUCUUUCAAAGAGUUCGUGGAGACUUAUAAAAAGCGAGACGUAUACAUGGUGAACGGAGUUCCAUCGUUUAUACAGUAAGUAAAAUAAAUAUUAUGCAUAGAUAACAAUAAAGCUUCGCGGAUUAUGCACUAACUAGCUUUAUAAUCACUCAAGAGGUCAAUAGUAAUGAUUUUGUCGUUUACAUCAUCAUAGGGCUUUUGCACGAGCAGUUUAUUUAAAUAAUUCUGCUUUGUUCAGUUUAUUUACAAAGGCCUAUAGAUGCUGAUAUUCAUUUAGAGAAAUGUUACAUAGUGGGAGAAAUAACAUUUAUUAUAAGUCUCGAUCGUUUAAUACAGGUAUGUUGUGAGAUCAACAAGAAGUAAAAGCCAUUUUAAUUGCGCAACUUUGUUCUAUGAAUAAUUUUACUNCUUUCAGCCUUUCCUCAGCCACGCGACUUCUUCGAAAACUAUGUUACCGCUAAUGUGCCGGUGCUGUUUAAAUCUGUUGCGAAACUUUCCCCGGCUUUCGUUAAAUGGACCGACGAUUAUUUCUUGAGUAGCCCAGAAGCAGAAACAUUUAUGAUCGAUAUUGAAUAUGGGAAGAAGGAGAAUCGAACGGAAGGGGAUUUAAGACGUGCGUCUUUCAAAGAGUUCGUGGAGACUUAUAAAAAGCGAGACGUAUACAUGGUGAACGGAGUUCCAUCGUUUAUACAGUAAGUAAAAUAAAUAUUAUGCAUAGAUAACAACAAAGCUUCGCGGAUUAUGCACUAACUAGCUUUAUAAUCACUCAAGAGGUCAAUAGUAAUGAUUUUGCCGUUUACAUCAUCAUAGGGCUUUUGCACGAGCAGUUUAUUUAAAUAAUUCUGCUUUGUUCAGUUUAUUUACAAAGGCCUAUAGAUGCUGAUAUUCAUUUAGAGAAAUGUUACAUAGUGGGAGAAAUAACAUUUAUUAUAAGUCUCGAUCGUUUAAUACAGGUAUGUUGUGAGAUCAACAAGAAGUAAAAGCCAUUUUAAUUGCGCAACUUUGUUCUAUGAAUAAUUUUACUACAUGGCAUCGUGGAAGACGCUGCGAGGGGUAGUUUUACUCUUUAGUAAUUUUCCCGCACACUAUAGUACCACAGAACAGCAGCUGAAAAAAUAUAGAUUUUCAUCGGUGCAAAUAUAUCCCUGAAAGUAUAUACGAUUCUAUUCCUUGGAUUACUGUUGCAUUUCACAUACUACUUAAACAGAAAUCAAUUCACUUGUCAAAUCGUAUAUGUAAAUAUGUAAAAUUUGCUAUGUUGAAAUGACCUUUUAUCUUACAUUUUUAAAUUGAACCUUUAAAGGUUCAAUUUAUAAUACACCUGCGAUCUUAAUCAAAGGUAUUAUUAUACCUGUCUCCUGCAUUUCACGUUUUCAACGUUAAUGUCGUGGAGACGGUAAGUUAAUGUUUAUUUUAAAAAAAGAACAGUUGAGUGGUAAGAAGAAAUUGGUGUUAUCUUAAAUUGGAAGAGUAUGCUCUUGAAAUUUGUGCGGAAGGCUCAAUACAAACCCUUACGUCCGUCUCUUUUGAUAGCGGAAGUGUUAUCCGCAAGAAAAGCCAAUCGUUACAUCUGUGUCCUAAAAUACUGAUUCAAUCUUAAAUAGAUUUUAAGUGUUUAGUGGUUGAAAAGGGAUGACUUUUGGAGAAAUGUCCAAUAUAUGAUAUGCGUAUUCCCGAAUCCUUUUGACAACAGAGUACAGUCAAAAAUAGUACCACAAACGAUGAACUUUCUUUCGUUGAAGAAAAAUGCCGCGUGUUUUAUGAAUUAAUUUCUUUGACUCCAUAUUUAAAACCGGGAUGAAUUUGCGUCAUAUGGGAAAUUCCACCUUGGCUACCCAAAAUAUUGAAGUCGCUUACUUAUUUUUACAUCAGAUAUAGGGCGAGGAGGCCGAGGGUUUAUGGCCGUGACAAACGAAACCGGCCAAUUUUAAGCGAAAAUAACGUGUGCUAUAAAUUUUAGAUUUUUUCACGAAGAUUUGUUAUUUUUGACACUAUAAUAUAUUACAAGCACAGGAACUAAAUGAUAACAAAAAGUUACAUACGUGGUGAAAACCGGCUAAAAAUGGCUCAGUGGCUUAAGUAGCUAAGGCUUUCGAGUUGGUCACUACGGUGCCACGUCCAAUUUACUGGCGUCAUAUCACGGCCUUAUUUAAGAGUUCAUAGUAAAAACAAGAAAUUUCAACACCAGCAGGUUAGGGCAUUAGCUAUAGGAUAUUGCGGAUUCGACCCAAUGAUCGUAAAAAAGGUUUCAACGGAAAUCCAGAAAUAGAGACUGAUUCAAUACUGAUCUUUGUCGGAUAUAUUAGCUCAAGUCCAAAAGUUUUUUGCGUUCGUGAUUGCCUUGUCUGUCUUAGCAAAUAAAUUCAAGCACGACGUAACAGCGGAUUAAUAUUGCUGGAAGAAAUAACUCAUUUAUAGCCUGCGAGCAAGCUCUCCUAUUUGGGCAAGCGAAGUGAGCCUCGCGAGAACGCCCCUCGUGGCUUCGCUGCCCCCUCGCGCGUUCUCGCGAGACUCGCUUCACUCGCCCAAAUAGGAGAGCUUGCUCGCAGGCUAAGUCAUUUAGUGAAGAAUAACUUGCUAGGGCAAUAAAAAGAGUCUGUAAAAACGGAAAAACAGGUUUUGUUGAACAGGCAGCUUUAGUGAAACACAGCUCAUUUAGUGACCACCCGCCAUCGGCAAUCCUUUUGUGAGUGUGGUUUUUUGACGGCGAGCAAUAAAUAAUCAUUCAGAAAGGUUUUUUAACAGUUGAAGGAGAAACAAUACAGGGAGAAAUUUUUAAGCACAAUGGGUUUUAAUCCUAAAAAAGUCUUUCUGGAAUAGAAACGUAUGGGCGGCGGUAUCGGUGAGAGGAAACGAGUCAGGCAGGAUCGUUUGGUUAUUUUUUCUAUUAUAUUUUAUUUUUUAUUGCACUAAAAUAUCUAUUUUUAACUACCAUGUCACAAAAUUUUUGACCAGGGGAUAAUGAACACAAGUUGUUCGGAGGUGACGGGUUUUCCUUGCCAGAUCAUUCAUAUACACACCUUUCACCCCACACCUGUCGAAUCUUCCGUCUCAUUGAUCUGUGUGGGCAUCCUGUGGCACAGCAAGCGACACUUCAUUUAGCUUACACAACCUACGCAUUGCAAAACGAGUAUAUUUUCCGUUCAUAUCACUUAGAUAGGAAUUAUUUAUAACUCAUCUUCACAGCAUGAAGAAGAAAAUAUUCACUUCAGGUCACCUCGUCGUAGUGUGUUUACAACUCUUACUGAUUCCGGUAGCGAAAUUUUCGUCAGAUGAACCGCAUUUGACAAAACACCCGGGUCAUUUGGAGCCUCUUGGAGCAAGAAGCGCAAAACGUUCGCUGGAAACGAUUUCGGAUUUUCCAACUCCUGAGAAGUUCUUCGAAACCUAUGUGGCUCCUGUUAAGCCAGUGUUGAUAAGAGGUGGAGCUAAACUUUCUCCAGCUUUCACAAAGUGGAGUGAUGAAUAUUUCUCGUCUUUUACCGAGUCUAGUGAUUUCCAAAUUGUUGCGGAGCAACGUAAAAAGGAAGUUCGCACGAACCCCCCGAUUGAUAUGAGCUUCAAGGAGUUUGUAGCAACUUACGAAAAUAAGGAUAUUUAUAUGGUACAUGGUGUUCCUCCUUUUCUUCAGUGA